GAGAAGACAAGCGCUGAAGAAGUGGUCGACUCUGAAGACAAUGAAUCAAAUGAUGGCAUCGAUUGUCAUAUUAAUGAUGAGACAGAUGUUGGAAGUGAUGCCGAAGACAAUGAGGACAACAAUCAUAUGAAUAAAGACAUUACCAGAGAUGAGACACAAAGCGAAUCCAACAUUGAUUUUAAACCAAUGAUUGGUAGAAAUAAUGCCGAAAAUAAUGAGAAUAACAAUCAUAUGAAUGAAGACUUGAAUAAUAAAACCAAUGAAUUGAAUGACAACUCAAGUGGUAAUCAAAGAGGGAGUGAAUUAAACACAACAUAUAAUACACGGAAACGAAAGUACAUUUCAAUGGAAACCGAAGACAAUGACAGCGAAUGUGAAGAAUAUAGACCUGAUUUGAGUGACAAUGAAAUGGACGACAAACCGGACGAAGAAAGCAUAGCUGGGAAACCAUUGCUAAGGGAACCACAUUUGUGUGAUUACAAGGGCUGCGGACGCUUUUUCCGUGACUCGUAUGCCCUAAAAAGGCACGCGUUUUGUCAUUUGAGUGCAAAAACCAAGACAUCGAUGGUAUAUAAGAGGAGACCCGACGACCGGUACUUAUGUCUGAUGAGCGCCUGUAAUGAGGUCUGCAAAGACAGAGAUGCUCUCAGAUUACACCAAAUGUCACACUUGAAUGAGUGUCCGCAGACCGACAGUCCGGAUGAGUUAAAUAGCGGAUCAGCUGAUUGUCAAAGAGUGUGUGAAUUAAAGACUAAAAUUAAUAGAAAACGACAACAAAAAUCAAUAAGUGAAGGCCAUGGCAGCGAAACUGAAGAAUACGGUUCCGGUGCAUUUCAUUGCAAUGAAUCAAAUGAUGGCAUCGAUUGUCAUAAUAAUGACGACUUAAAUGAAAGUAAUGAUUUGAAUGCGAAGACUAAGAAUUCAAUGGUCUUCGAGCAGAGACUGGACGGCCGAUACGUGUGUCUUAUGGGCGCCUGUAAUGGCGUCUACGAUAACACGGCUAACCUCCGGUCGCAUCAAAUGUCACACUUGAAUGAGAAGUUUGCAAACAAUUGUGGUUUUGGUUUGAGUGACAAUCAAAUGGACGACAAAUCGUGCGGUGAAGGGAUGUCUGGGAACCGGUUGCGAAGAGCACCGGACGGGAAGUACUUGUGUGACUACAAGAGCUGCGGAAAGUCAUACAAUUCCCGUUCAACUCUACGAAAUCAUAGAUCUAGUCAUUUGAGUGAUGAGAUGAAGGCAUCGAUGGUCUAUAAGAGGAGAUCCGACGGUCAAUUCCUGUGUCUCAUUAACGCCUGUAAUGCUGUCUUCAACUCCAGGCAAGCCCUCCGUUCUCAUCAAAUGUCACACUUGAAAGAGCCGUUAAAGUGUCCGCAAACCGACUGCCCGUUUGCGGCCCACACGCGGGCGGACUUUCAAAGGCACGCGAAGACACACAUAAUGCGGGAAAAGUGUCCACCGAUUGACUGUCCGAUUGAUGUGAACGAAGAAUUAAAUGACGAAUCAAUUGACGGCCAAAUAGUGAGUGAAAUAAAUGCAAAAACUAGUGACGAACAUAAAUCAGCGGAAAGUGAAGACAACGGAUCAGAUUUAAGUGACAAUGAAAUGGACGACAAGUGGAUGUGUUGGAUAGAGCCGUCAAAACAAAAUGGUAAGUUUGUGUGUGACUACAGGGGCUGCAACAGCGCUUUCCCGGAGACGACUCACUUAAAAAGGCACGCGUUUUCACAUUUAAGUGCAAAAAUCAAGACAUCGAUGGUAUAUAAGAGGAGACCCGACGGCUGGUGUGUUUGUCUUAUGGACGCCUGUAAUGCGGUCUAUAAAGCUAAUCGUGAUCUUAGAGGCCAUCAAAUGUCACACUUGAAAACGCCGCUCAAGUGUCCGCCGAUUGACUGUCCGAAUGAAUUAAAUACAAAAACUAAUGGCAAACGAAAACAGGAAAGUAAAAUCAAUGGCGAACCAGAAGAAUGUGGUUCUGGUUUGAGUGACAAUGAAAUGGACGAUAAAUCGGGCGAUGAAUGGAUGGGUGAGAAACAGCUCCGACGGGCAACCAAUAGGAAGUACUUGUGUGAUUACAGGGGCUGUGGAUUGUCUUUCACAGGGCCUUCAUUUCUAAGGACACAUGCAUUCAGUCAUUUGAAUGCAAAUGAAAAGAAGUCAAUGAAGUUUACGAAGAGAUCCGACGGCCGAUACGUGUGUCUUAUGGGCGCCUGUAAUGAGGUAUUCAAAGACAUUCGUAAUCUCAGAGGCCAUCAAAUGUCACACUUGAAAGAGCCGUUAAAAUGUCCGGACUGUGCAUUCCAUGGGCUAACUCAGGCCGCGUUUAACAAACACUUGCGGACCCAUCCGAACGCAUACGUGUGCGACACUUGCGGCGCGAGGUAUAGUCGAAAGAAGACAUUUGAUGAUCACAAACGCAUUCAUAGCAAAUCGGAUCAAUUCAAGUGCGAUUGGCCGGAGUGUGGCCGCAGUUUUAUUUGGGAAUGUCAAUUAAGAGAUCACAUGAACACACAUACGGCUGCCGUUAACCACCCGUGCGAAUGGCCCGGUUGUGAGCGAACCUAUACUAAUAUAACAUCUUUAAAACUACACGUGAAUAGAUGGUCUGAUAGUCACACUCUGGCCAAUGGCACCGAUACUCAGCCAUCCCUUUAUGCACUCUAUUCACGUUCGCUCACAACCGGGCCAUUCGCACGGGUGGUUAACGGCAGCCAUUUUCAAUCAAUUGGUUGCCAAACGAGCGAUGAAUUCAUUAAUGAAGAGUUGAUUCAAAGAGAAGAGAAGACAAGCGCUGAAGAAGUGGUCAACUGUGAAGACAAUGAAUUAAAUGAUGGCAUCGAUUGUCAUAUUAAUGAUGAGAUAGUCAUUGGAAGUGAUGCCGAAGACAAUGAGGACAACAAUCAUAUGAAUGAAGACUUGAAUAAUAAAACUAAUGAAUUGAAUGACAACUCAAGUGAUAAUCAAAGAGGGAUUGAAUUAAACACAGCAUAUAAUACAUGGAAACGAAAGUACAUUUCAAUGAUUGGCAAACAUCAUACCGAAGCCUUCGACUCGACCUCUACUCUCACCCCUCCCUUCUCUCCAGAGCCACAAUUGAAAGUCAUUUUGAUUGACACAACUGUUGAAUACUUGAGCGAAGGAACUAAUGGUCCGCUCAAUAUUGUUACCGCAAAAGCCAUACCUUUGAACGACUCAUCAGUGAUCGCAAUAUCGGGUUCAUCUAAAACGGACAUGAGUUGCGUCUCGCCAUCCAAUGUCGCGCCGCAGUGUAGUUCCCGAUCCAGAGGUCGCUUUGAAAUGAAUGCCGACUCCAAACGCCGUAUACAUAAAUGUCGUUUUAAUGGAUGCAAAAAAACUUACAUAAAAUCAUCCCAUCUUACGGCCCAUCAGCGGACGCACACAGGUGAGAAGCCAUACAAGUGCUCGUGGGAGGGAUGCGAAUGGCGUUUUGCCAGAUCUGAUGAGUUGACCCGUCAUUCCCGAAAGCAUACGGGAAGUAAACCAUUCAAAUGCAGUCAUUGUGGCCGAUGUUUCUCCCGUUCCGACCAUUUGGCCCUCCAUAUGAAGCGCCACCAACUACAAAUGGCUGGGAAACCACUGCGAAAGGGAUCCAAUGGGAAGUAUCGGUGCGAUUACAGGGGCUGUGGAUUGUAUUUUGGUUACACAUGGGGUCUACGGAAGCACUCGUUUAAUCAUUUGAACGCAAAGACCAAGAAAUCAAUGGUCUUUGAGAUUAAGGCUGACGGACGAUAUGUCUAUCAAUUGGCCGACUGUAACUAUACUUUAGGGUUUAAACGGCCGCCCGGUGUCACG